AUGGAAGUGCGCAAAGAUGAUCCAUGCUGGGACCUCAUCCAGAAUGGGUGGUCAUGGCUCAUUUUGAGCCAUUUGGUGGAAGGCCAAUGGCCCAUGCUACCCACCCUGCUGCAAGGGGCCAUGAACUCUGCCAACUCCAUCUCCAAGGCACCAAAUGAAUUAGAGCUUGCUGCCCAGCUUGGCCACCUGUUCAGCCUCAAUGUACCACUUCAUGAAGCCAAGGAGAAAGUCCAAGCUGCCAAUACUAGCCAGCCUGAAGUUUUGACCUACCUCAGUCAUUUUGUGAAAACAUUUUCAGGUAGGAAUUUCAACCUCCAGCUCCAAGUUGGCCCAGAUGUUUUGGAAGCAAUGCGCUACACCAACUUCAAGGUCACUGGUGAAAUCUUUCCCAUGCUUCGAGUGGCCAUGUGGUGCACCAUGUUGGGGGCAAACAAGCACCAGGACAACAUCCAAAGGAUUCUCACCAAAGCCGAUCUGGACAAGCUGAAGACUGCCAAUGCCAAAGAGAAGGUCAUCACAGCAGAACACCAGCUCCAAGGUGCUUGGCCCAUUGUUGCCAAGAGCACUGUGGAGGACCAGACCCACAGCUAUAAAUGCCUUUGGCAGACUGUGAAAAAGGACCAUCCUGUUUUUGGUUGGCAAACAAAAGCACAGCAGGGAAACCAAGUCCUAUGA